AUGACCACUGGCCAUUUCGUUUCUUUCCGGACGGAUUUAAUUUCUUUUGCACGAAAGCAGGAGUGCAACCAGAGGUCACCAUGGCUGUUUUGCACCAGUGCCCCCUGGCGAAGAGCUGGAUGCUGUGGCUGGUGCUGCUCCACGCAGCCUGGGCUGGGGAGCGGCCAGCUCCACUAUUCUGUGCCGGAGGAGUCCCAGCACGGCGCCUUUGUGGGCCGCAUCGCCCAGGACCUGGGCCUGGAGCUGGAGGAGCUCACGUCCCACGCGUUCCGGAUGGUGUCACAAGGCCAUGGAGACUACUUCAAGGUGAAUGUACAGAAUGGGAUUCUAUUUGUGAAUUCCCGGAUAGACCGGGAGGAGCUGUGUGGCAAGACUACUGUCUGUGCGAUUCAUCUGGAGGUGUUCCUGGACCAACCCAUGAGAGUCUUCCAUGUUGAGGUAGAGAUCAAGGACAUCAAUGACAAUGCUCCUGCAUUCAGAGCAGCUGAGCAGAAGUUGACUGUUUAUGAGUCUACUCUUCCAGAGACAUCCUUUCCACUGGAGGGAGCCUUUGAUGAUGACAUAGGUGCAAACACUGACCUCAGCUACAAAAUCAGCCCAAACGAAUAUUUCUCCUUGCAUGUUCAGAACAACGAGAAGCAUGGUGAGUCUUUAUUUCUUGUGUUAAGGAGACCUCUUGAUAGAGAGGUAACCCACAUGUAUCACCUCUUACUUACAGCCACAGAUGCAGGCAAACCAGAGCAAACCGGCACUGCAGAGCUGAUCAUCAGUGUGCUGGAUGCGAAUGACAAUGCCCCAGUUUUUAAUCAGUCAGUGUAUAAAGUAAAAGUCUCUGAAAACGAGAAAAAAGGAACGUUAAUCAUCAGUCUCAGUGCAACAGAUCUUGAUGAGGGAAUUAACAAAGACAUCGCAUAUUCAAUUCAAAGUGUUAAUCCAAGCAGUUUAGGUGCAUUGUUUCACUUGGAUGCAAACAGUGGACAGAUCAGAUUAAAUGGUGAACUUGAUUUUGAAAGCAUUAAGCUAGGAGAAAUUGGGGUGGAGGCAACUGACAAAGGUACACCACCAAUGAAAGGGCACUGCAAAGUCCUUGUUGAGGUCUUGGAUGUGAAUGACAAUGCUCCGGAGGUGUCUGUCUCCUCCCUGUCGGUGCCGGUGCCAGAGGACUCCCCGCCAGGGACAGUGGUGGCCCUGAUCAGCGUCUCAGACAGAGACUUUGGUGCCAACGGGCAGGUGAGCUGCUCCCUGUGGCCUCCAGGACUGCCUUUCCAGCUAGUCUCCAACUUCAGGAAUUAUUAUUCCCUGGUGCUGGCUGAGCCCCUGGACCGGGAGCGGGUGGCGGAGUAUGAGGUGGCAGUGAUGGCACAAGACCAAGGGGCCCCGUCACUGUCCGCGAGCAGCAGCCUAGCCGUGCCCAUCAGCGACGUCAACGACAACGCCCCGGCCUUUGCCCAGCCCUCCUACGCGGUCUUCGUGCGGGAGAACAACCCGCCCGGCGCCCACAUCUUCACGGUGUCCGCCUCGGACCCGGACCUGGCCGAGAACGCCCUGCUCAGCUACUGGAUGGACGAGAAGCUCUGGCCGCUGGCCAGCUACGUCUCGGUGCACUCGGAGAGCGGGAAGCUCUACGCCCUGCAGUCUCUGGACUACGAGGAGCUGAAGCUGCUGGAGUUCCAGGUGAGCGCCAGGGACGCCGGGCUGCCCUCCCUGUGCGGCAACGUGACCAUCCAGGUCUUCGUGGUGGACGAGAACGACAACGCGCCUGCCGUGAUGCAGGAAGCCCCCACCUUGCUAGUCGUCCCCUUGGCAGCCGGGCACGUGGUGGGCAAAGUCCGUGCCCUGGACGCGGACUCCGGCUACAACGCCUGGCUGCGCUAUGAGCUGCUCGAGGCUGCCAGUGGCCCCUGGCAUGUGGGGCGGCACAGUGGGGAGAUCAAAACCACACGUGCCCUGGAGGAAGCAGAGGGUGGCGGCAGCCAGAGCCUGCUUGUCUUGGUGCAGGAUCACGGCGAGCUGGCUCGGUCGGCCACAGCCACGUUCAGCGUGUCCCUGGUGGCGAGGGCCCAGGCUGGCCACCCCGACGCACUGCUCCCCCGGCUGGGGGCGAACCCCAGGCCCCUGGCGGACAGUUCCCAAGUCUACCUGAUCAUUGCAAUCUGCUCAGUGUCCAGCCUGUUCCUGCUGUCUGUGAUUGCCUACGCGGCCCUGCGAUGCCCAUGCCGGCCCAAGGGGGGAGUCGUGUACGGCCCCGGCACUGCCACCUUGGUCUGUGCCAGCGAGGUGGGCAGCUGGUCCUACUCCAACCGCCACAGCCACCUCCUGGCAGCUGCCACUGGUGAGGCAGGGGCCAAGACCGACCUCAUGGUCUUCAGCCCCAACAUUCCUCUCUUCGCAGAGAACGGUGAAGUGCAGAAGGGGAACGAGCUGAUUCCCAGUGCAUCCGGGCAGCCCCCGCCCGGGCCAGCCAGCCCCUGCCACGCCGAUCGCUGGAGGAGCCCUGGAACAGGUGCCCGCCAGGCCGUGCUCCGGAGCCAGCCUGUCCAGAGGGGAGGCGAGGCGAUGGCGCCCCCAGGCAAGCCCGGUUCCGACCCGAUCUGUGCGGGCGCCGAUGCAGCCGAGCGCUUCAUGGGCCGGGCUGCGGCGGGCGCGGGCGCGGCAGGGGACGGCCGAGCAGGGGCCGCGUCCUCGUCCCUCGGGCGCGUGUCUGACGGCGACCGCGGCGGGGCGCGCCGAUCGAUCCGGCUGCAGCGGGCGGCUCCCGGCCCGCCGCCGCCGCCGCGCCGCGCCGCGCCCCGCGCGGGGUAUGCGCUGCGCUGCUGA